AAUCCAAACCCCAUUACCAGAUUCCAAAGAGAUCCGUAUUCCACCGUCGGAUCAAAGUCUCUCUCCCUUUUCCAACCGUCCGAUCGCCAUGACGGUGGCCACCGCAGCGACAUCCCAGACAAAGAAGCUGGUGAAGCUUGGCCUCUCGCUUUUCCGCAGAGGCUUCAACUCUCCAAAAUGUAAAACGGCGGCGAAGAUGGCGGUGGCUCGGAUAAAGCUGCUGAGGAACAAGAGGGAGGUGGUGGUGAAGCAGAUGAGGCGUGACAUUGCGUUGCUUCUCCAGUCUGGUCAAGACUCCACUGCUCGUAUUCGGGUUGAACAUGUGAUAAGAGAACAGAAUGUAUUGGCUGCAAACGAGUUCAUCGAGCUCUUCUGCGAACUAAUUGUGAGCAGACUUUCAAUCAUCGCAAAGCGAAGAGAAUGUCCGGCUGAUCUAAAAGAAGGCAUUGCUAGUUUGAUAUUCGCAGCCCCAAGGUGCUCGGAAAUCCCAGAACUGGUAGCAAUUAGGGAUGUUUUUGAGAAGAAAUAUGGAAAAGAUUUUGUCUCUGCUGCCACUGAUCUGAGGCCCAACUGUGGCGUGAAUCGCAUGCUUAUUGACAAGCUCUCUGUUAGAACCCCCACCGGCGAAUUUAAAUUGAAAAUCAUGAAGGAAAUUGCCAAGGAAUACCAGGUCGACUGGGACACAACGGAAACUGAGAAGGAACUUCUCAAGCCUCCUGAAGAACUUAUAGAAGGACCACGAACUUUUGUUAGUGCGACCAGCUUACCGGUAAAGCCUGUGCCAAACCAAUCUUUUGACCUUAACACAAAUAAGUUAACUACAAGUUCUUCUUUACCCAGAACAACAACCAGCGGUGAUGAUGGCAGCCACAUGUAUUUCCAAGACUCAGCCGGGGCUGCCAAAGCGGCUGCAAAAUGUGCAAACGAAGCAAUUGCAGCCGCUAAAGCUGCUGCUUUUCUCGCCAACAAAGACUUGAACCGCACCUCUUCUCAACCACCACCAUCUUUUGAUAACAACAAUUCAAACAACAAUCCAAGCAUCAAUAUUGGAUAUGAAGAAAUUAAUCAUCAGUAUAACAAAGCUUCAGGAAGGGCAUUUGAGUCUCAGAACUUUAAUGGGCCCCACACUCCAAGCAAUAUGGAGACACUGAUGAACAACAACAACAAGCACAGUGGAAGAACGCAUAGGAGGCACAGCUACAAUGCCCCAUCUGCACAUUCAGACAUAAAGUUUGAUGAAUCAGACUGUGAUGAAGAAGAUGAAGAAAUUGAAGCAGAGACACCACCUAAUGGCAGCACCUGUUUUCAGCCGCCUCAGCGAGCCCCGCCUCCAGUACCAUUGAAGCAGGAUUCACCUCAUUCUGUUCAUCCAAAAUUACCCGAUUACGAUUCACUUGCUGCUCGCUUUGAAGCCCUCAAGCACCGCCGCAACUCACAGCCCUGAAGAACUUGCUUGACUUGUUCCGCUUCAGUUCUUCUGCAUUAUAUGUCAUGGUAUUAUAUACGUCGUAUUAUAUUAUUCAUAUACAUACGUAGAUACUAAAUAAUUCAUAACACAUAAUAGGGGAUGUUUUUUUUUUUUUUUUUUUCCUUAAAUCUUUUUGCUUUAUAAGUUGUAAUAUUCUUGCAAAGUACGUUACCAAUGUCAUUUUCUUCAACGUUUACUAUUGAUUUGUAUUAUUAUAUUCAAAUUUACUGUAAUUCAACAUUUAGAAAAACAAAGUCCAUAGAUAUGGCAUGAUUUGCUUGUGUAUGACUUUUCUGAUUGCUUACGAGUAUGGGAGUACACCACAUUCAGAGGAAA